AUGGCUUUCAAGGAGAAAGUGGCGCUUGUAAUACUUAUAAUAAUUUUCAAAUUACACGACUUAAACACGGCAACACUCAGCGAUCGCUAUAAAACCGCUAUCAGUGAUAUCACCAACAGCAACAAUAGCAACAACAGCAGCAGAAGUAGCGGUAGCGGCAGCAACCACAACAACAUAAACAACAAUGGUAGCUUUAAUGUAGUGCACGAGUAUUAUAAUAAUAACAACAACAACAGCGAAAUAAAAGAAAUAAUUGAUAACGCAGCUCAAUCGGCAGACAUAAGACCAAUAACACCAGCUACAAAUACCACAAAUGAUAGGCAAAUAAACAAUAAGUAUUUGCUGCCACUUGCAAACAGUAGCAGCAAUGAAGAUUUUGUGGUAUUUGAUGCAGCUGAUAACGCUAAACUACCAACGCAGACAAAAGCGUUUUACGAUAAUGACAGGAAUGAUAGCAGCCCCGACAGCUAUGGUAGCGGGAGCAACUUUCUUAGCAAAAAUUUCAGCAAAAACGUCGAUAAUGGAGACUUUGUAAAUAAUCAGCAUUAUAAUGUGGCAAUGCAGUUUCGUACAGUCGAUCAACAGCAGAGUAAUUUGACUACAGAAUUCUUUAACUCCUCAGAACCACCAACAAACACAGCUGAGAACGCAGGGGAAUACUAUCAAUACAAUUUAAUAGAAAAUAAUAACAAAGAGAAAGAAGUCGGCCAUGUUCAUACUAAUAACAAUUUGGAAGGACCUGGAAUGGGCGAGGGCCCUUUACAUCCAUUUGAAGGUCCGCCAGCGGAGAUUGGGAUGGGCCCAAAAAAUAUAUUUAAUGAUUGGAUGGAGAAUCCCCUUGAAGUCGAAAAAUUUGUGCGAGAAUACAGAACCGAAUUGGAUAACCAGUGCGCAAUGGAUGUAAUGAAGAGUGCAAUACUGUGGUGGGCCUUUGGAAAUGGUACACUGAAUUUUGAGACGGUCAAUGAUAAAAGUAGCAAUCACAUAGAUAUCUCCUAUCGCAACUUAACCGAUGACGAAAAACUCUUCAACACAACUUUGGAAAGGCAGACCAGAAUAGGCCGUGAUGUCGUUUUCUUUUCAGCAGCAUACAAUAAUCUAUCACAAAUUCCUUAUCGAACGUUAGCGACAAUGAAUAGAACUUUGCGGUUUCUAAUGUUGAAAGGCAACUCCUUCUCAAGUUUUAAAGAGGACGAUCAAAACGAUGAAGAAAGUAUCGAUUGGGCCACUUUUCCGAGGAUUUCUUACCUAACCGAGCUGGACAUUAGCUACUGCAACAUCGAGUAUAUAGCACUUAAUGUCUUUGAGAACAUCACUGGACUGAUCAAACUUUUCAUGUCGCAUAAUAGAAUACAUACAAUACCAGAUGGCGCUUUCCAACUACUACCCAAUCUCGAGUAUAUUGAUUUGUCCUUCACCAAUUUACUCCAACCCGACUAUGAAUUACCCAGGCUCAAUACUGUUCGGAAGUCUGGUCUCUAUUUAUCAGUGGGUACUUUCAAAAAUCUAAAUAAACUGAUUUAUCUGGAUUUAUCGCACACAAAGUUGACACACAGCAGUGCGAUUGCCUUCAGACAGCUGAGCCAAAGCGUAAAGUACAUGAGUUUGUGUUAUACAUCCCUUCCGAUGGUUAGCAAUGCAUUAUUCAAUAAUACAAAUCUUAUUGGCCUCGAUUUGUCCGGCAAUCAUUUCGGACCGCUCAACAUCAUCGAAGAUUACUUCGUGCCCAUUGCGGACACCCUGAAAUAUUUAUUCUUUGAAAAUUCAGAUCUUAAACAAUUGGAUUGGCUGAAGCAUCUCAAAAACUUGAAAAUACUUGAUUUAGCCAGUAACAACAUCAAUUCGUUAUCCUCUGAUUAUUUUUCUUCGUUGAAAUACUUACAAGCGCUUGAUUUGAGCUGGAAUAACAUCGGCAAUUGGUACGAACAAGUAUUCGCAAAUAACACCGAGCUGCGUAUGCUCGAACUGAACAACAACAAUAUAAACAUCAUUAAUUAUGAAAUGCUGAAGGAUUUCAUGUCUCUCGACUAUCUUAGUCUCGGUAAGAAUGAUUUCAUAUGCGACUGUCUAUUGCCCGAUUUGGUAGAAGUAGCGGCGAUGAACAGCAAAAAGGCUAUGUGCCUGCGAGUGUUACAGAAAGAUGAGCCAAAUCUGAACGAGGCUGACUUAAAGUUUACGUUCACAUCAUUUGAUGACCUCAUACCAUCACUCCUAACGCAGCAUUACAUUAAAAACUUGGAAUGGAAUUCAAUGCUACGUUCCAUAGUCAAUCAAACGGAUGCAUGCCCCUUAGCAAACUUAACUUACAGCCAAAUGAAUAAGUCGAUACCGAAAUUCCAAUUGGUCGACUAUGACGACGAUCAAUAUUGGUGUUUCAAUAGGACUAUUCGUAUGCAAUUCGACCAACUCGAUUGCCCACUUACCUCCUUUGAUCAGAUUAUUACUGAGAAUAUAAGCAAGUUAACACAAAUUCUUUUGGCUUCCAUCUUCUCGAUUGUGGGUGUAACGUUGCUGAUAGUGUUCUUAUACCUAAAGCGUUGGCAUGUCUACUACUACUACUCAUCGCUGAAGUCCGCAGCGCUCUUGGCUAUGGCUACCAAGGAUCAGGUGAACAAAUUCAAUGCGCUGACCGAAAGCGAUCCCAGCAUGAUUUAUGACAUUUUCAUAAGUUACUGCCAGAGCGAUCGCAAUUGGGUGCUGGAAGAACUAAUACCGAAUGUAGAGGAGGCGGGUAAUAUAUCGAUAUGUUUACACGAACGAGAUUUUCAGAUAGGGGUCGCCAUACUUGAAAAUAUUAUAUCCUGUAUGGAUCGCUCGCGUGCUCUAAUGUUGAUUAUAUCCUCAAACUUUCUUCUCAGCCACUGGUGUCAAUUCGAGAUGCAUUUAGCGCAGCAUCGCAUAUUCGAGUUGAGCAAAGAACAUUUAAUUAUCGUAUUUCUUGAGGAUAUACCACGCAACAAACGCCCUAAGGCCCUGCAAUAUCUGAUGGAAGUGAAAACAUACAUUAAAUGGCCCGGUGUCAAGGGUAGUGCAAUUAAACCGGAAGAGCGUAAAUAUUUUUGGAAACGUUUGCAACGUUCUUUGGAUCACAUUGGCAGUUCUGCAACAUAUUCGGAUGCCUGAUUGGGAAGUGGAUUGGAGGAGAGUUGAUAACACCAGAAAAUAGUAUAAAAGCGCAAAUUUAAGCUUAAUAAACGUGGGCUGGAAUACGUCUAACUAAUCAAAAGAUUAUCAAAGCAAAGCUAAGCACAAGUACCUGAUAGCAGUUAUUAUUCUUAAAUAUUUAUGAUAGUAUAACUCUUUUGAUAUUUGUUGUAGUUAAAUUAUACAUAGUUAUUUGUAAGCUGAAAGUAGUGAAU